UCAUCCAAUAAUCAGAUGCUUUUUAAUGGCUCUCAUAUUUUAUCUGUUGAGAGUGAUCCUCUAUAUUCUCAGAAGAGUAGGAAAGAUGUUGUCGUCGACGAUUCUUUCAUGGUAGCAGCUCGGCAUACAGGUGAUGAUCGGAAUGAUUCCCAAUGGAAAACAGAUAUAAGUAUGGUUGCAGAUCUAACUUCACCUGGCAAACCAGAUGGCACAAAAGAUGUUUCACAAGACAAGCAUAAGAUACUUGACGCCGAGCCAAUUGACCUUUGCAUGGUGCUUGAACGAAACCCUGGGUACGAAUCCUCCAGAGACUCCUGGACAGUGGAUUAUCAAAUUGAUUUAUCAUUUACUGAAACAAAUAAAAGUGAAGCUAGCAGAUGUGAUGAUGAUGAGAAAGCUUCUGCCAAUCAUAAGAACACCAUUGCCAAGCGUAAUGAAGUCCAGAGAACAAAAAAGCCAGCCAAAGAAGCAAGGUCUAGAGUUUUAAAUGGACCCACAGGGAGAAACAAAGCUGAAAAUGUGUCCAAGAGCAAGAAACCAUCUCUUAUUAGUAGGCUCGUUACUCAGAAGAGCAAGUUGGAGAAGGAAGAAGAGAUGCGGAGGAAGAUGGAAGAACAACUGAUUGAACGGCAGAAAAGAAUUGCGGAGAAAACUGCGGCUUCCGCUGUAUCUAAGAAAUCACCAUUAGCAGAAGGUUCCAUAAAGAUUGACAAGAACAAAAAUAAGUCCACUGCUCAAGCAACCAACAGGAACAGGGAAUUUUCUAUCAAACCCAGAGCAACUUAAGAAAGAAGCCUCAAU